AUGUCCGCACGUAAUAUAGCCUUAACAUCCUCAGAUAAGGAUUUGAACUAUGAUGAUUUGGCAUCUGGGCUAAAAGCAUCUCUUCAAAAAGAUAAGUCUGCAUUUGAUGCUGAUCGCCUGCAAAAGUAUACUGGUCCACAACUACGCGAGCUUUUGAAUUGGCCUAGACCUCUUCCUUUGGAAGAUGAACGUGUUAGGUUACUUCACGAGGUUGGGAUUGAGCUGGAAAGAAGUUUUGACGGAAAAGCUUCUAACCUUGUUGAGCAGGCUGGAAAAUCAGCUGUGAAUCUUGUUGCCCUUGUUGCACGUCAUUUUCCUGGCUUUAGAGACCACUCAGUGUACAAAGGUCGUCAAGUAUUUUUAUAUAAAAGAGCUCAGAUCUUUGUAGCAGAUUUAUGGGGUGCAUUUAAUGGCCAAGGAUAUGGUGAAUUUAAAGACAUCAGCUCUCUGACUAUAAUGGCCGACUAUAUUGUCCCCGCCGUACUUCAGCAGCUUGGCAUUUUAAAAUUCAGUCCAAAACUUGCCAGCACUAUUGAAGCCAGUGGUGAAAUAUGUCCGGGGACCGAGGAGGAAGUUGAACUUCGAGCUUGCUCUAUACAUGCUGUUGAGAAAAUGAGGGAGCUGAUAAGUGUAAAAUCAGGAAGACAGGUGCUGAGUGUAGAGAUGGAUCUUUGGCUCUGGGCUUCUGGAGUUCAGAGUGAAUCUCUGAAGCACCACCGAACACUUUCAAUAUAUUAUUGA